AGGGAGGGACUCGUUCUCACUUCCUCAUUCUCUCUAAUGCAGCAGAAGCAAACAGCAACUUGCUUCGGUUGUAGAGUUUCCUCACUGCUUGCAGGGGAAAGGCAGGAGCUAAAGCGAGAGCAUGUCAGCCUGUUUCCCAUCGGCCAUCCUUUCCCUCCUGUGGCAAGUGGUGCCCUGAAGAAGAGCAGCAGGUGUUUCGGAUGGGCAUAGCCGAGAUGGAAGGAGGAGGGAGGAUGAGCUACCAUGAGGACCACCACUUGGGGCAUGGCGAGGGAGAAGAGGAGCUGCAGAGCCUGGGGUGGUACCACGACAGUCUUACUCGCCAUGCAGCUGAGGCUCUUCUUCUGUCCAAUGGCAGUGAUGGAAGCUACCUCCUACGGAAGAGCUACGGCAAACCUGACCUCUUUUCUCUCUCAGUAAGAGCAAAAGAUUCUGUCAAACACUUUCACGUGGAGUACACUGGGUCUUCAUACAAGUUUGGCUUCAAUGAAUUUGCAAACUUGAAGGAUUUAAUCAUGCAUUUUGCAAAUCAGCCUUUGAUUGGUAGUGAGACAGGCACUUUGAUUGUACUAAAACACCCAUACCCCAGGAGGGUAGAAGAGCCUUCCAUUUAUGAAUCUGUGCGGGUUCACACAGCAAUGCAGACGGGGAAAACAGAAACCGACCUUGUACCCAACGCACCAUCGUUAGGUACAAAAGAAGGAUAUCUGACAAAACAAGGCAGAAUAGUUAAGAACUGGAAAACUAGGUGGUUUACAUUGCACAGGAAUGAGCUGAAAUAUUAUAAAGACCAGACGUCCACAGAGCCAAUCAGAGCCCUAGACUUAACAGAAUGCUCAGCAGUACAGUUUGAUUAUUCACAAGAUAAAGUCAAUUGUUUUUGUUUGGUAUUCCCUGUGAGAACAUAUUAUCUCUAUGCAAAGACUGGAGUAGAAGCCGAUGAAUGGAUUAAGAUAUUGCAGUGGAAACUGUCACAGAUACGGAAACAAACGCGCCAGCGUGAAGGCACACUCAGUCCAUAGGUGUCUCUGUAGCAAAUCUACCUGCACAAAGACCCAUUUAUACUGGUUCAAGCCAACGUUUUAUAAAUCCUUUCAUAAGAAUUGCCAUGUUGGGUCAGAUCAGAAGUCCAUCAAGCUCUGUGUUCUGCCUCCAACGGUGGCUGGCCAAAUAACCCAAGGAAAUUUGCAAACGGGGCAUGAUCAAGACAUUAAUCCACUGAUCUUUGUCCCCAGCACCCGAUAAUCAGAGGAAUACUAUCUCUGAAGGUGGAGAGUCCAUUUUUAACUACCAUGGCUAACAGCCACUGAAGACCACUGCAUCUUUUAAAGACAUCUAAUCUAUUGAGCAUCCCCACACCUUGCUGUGACGAUGGCCAAUAUUUCUUUUCCUGUAGUGGCCAGAAGAAGGAGGUGGUGGUGGUGUGUAUUCUGGCCUUCACAGCCCUGCAUCAAGUCUUCCAAUGCAAGACAUUUCAAUGGAUCUGCAGAAUGAAUGAACUUUGUGUAUGUGGACAACUUAAAGGAUAGUUUCAUUGUAUGAUGCAUUGCGUGUAUUAUGAAGAUUCUCAUGCUACUGGCACAUUCCUCGCCAUCCAUUCCAUAUUCUCAAGCAUGCAUACUAUUAAUUAAACUAGUUAAUUAUCUGUCAUUUUCCCUUAACUAUAGCUCUGAAGAAUUCUCUGAAAGAUUCCUAGCCCCUUUACUUAAUUAAUUCUCAGGGCUUCUUGGUGGGCAGCCAUACUAGAUUAGGGCUGGAAUCCAACUCCCCACCAUGUGUGAAUAGUGUCUCCAUAAAUGUAUAGGAUUGGAACAUUUCCUUCUGAUGGGAAUCACUUGUGCCUCAUGGGGCUAUGAAAGACCCCCUUCCCCACCUUGUGGACAUUACAGGAUGGCAGAGACUCAUGAUCAGCACCUCCUGCAUCAACAGACCACUAUAUGUGGCACCCUGGAGAUCAGCUUAGGUUUCUAUCCAGUAUUUCAAUUGCUCCUCUCAAUAGGAAACAUAUGAAAUCAAAAUGCAAAAGAUUUGGUCAUAUUAACAGAAUACUCAUCAGGAUCACAACUGGAUUUUAAACCAUUGAUAUAUCAUGUGGUUUUAUGUAUGUUCAAGCUGAAUUAAGUUUUAUAUUCUUUUGUAUUGCACAUAUUUUGAGAAAAGGCCUCCCUCCAAAAUGGAUUUUGUUCCAACUUAGGAAAUUUUUUUUUUAAAUGCAGUAAUGCAAAUGGAUUUAGUAGGCAAAUAUAUGCAGAAAGGUAAUGUAACUGGAGAUCACCCUAUCAGACUGGUUAGAUUUGCCCGUGCCUUUUAAAAAGUCAUUUAGAACCACUUUUGUUUUUUGUGUGUACAUGUGUUAUUUAAUGUAGUCUACAGUGUCAGUAUUUGGAACAUUCUAAAAUGCACAGUAAACACAGGGAAUCAGGGAUGGGUAAAGAAUAGGGCUAUAGGAAGAAAAUGACCUUCAAAAAUGUAUUGGGAAUAAGAUGACACAUUUUUCAUCCAAUUUGAUAACAUGCCAUUAACUUCAAAUCUAUACAUUACUGAACUGUAUUAUACAUUCCUAAUUUUUAAAAAAGCUGAUAAAGAAAAUAUCCUUGUA